CUGAACCGGGACACUUUACGGUGGAGCUCCCGGGUACAGGAGAAAGCAGCAAAUCCUGGAGAGUGCGGCCUCCACAACGCGUCGGACAACGCGCUGCGCUUCGUCAAAGAAAACUUUCUGGCGGAAGACGUGGUGCGGCCGGUGGGCAGGAGCCUGACUCUGGUCUCCACCGAGCACAGCUACAGUCACCUGACCGUCCAGAGGGUCCAGGCGGCCAAUGGGAGGAGCUACACCAACUCGGAGACUCUGGUGAUGGGCCCUGAAUCUGAUGAGGGCCGCGGCCGCUGCCCCUAUGAUCCGUACCAGCGCAACACCGCCCUCAUUGUGGAUGGAGAGCUGUACACCGGCACGGUGGCGGAUUACCGGGGGAACCGGCCGGUCAUAUCGAGGCACCUGGGGGAGGGUCAGCGGGUCGACCUGAAGCUGGACGACACGCUGGGAUGGCUGGAGGAUCCCACCUUCAUCAGCUCCAGCUUCAUCCCACAAGAGGAGAAAAUCUACUUUUUCUUCAGCGAAGUGGGCAGAGAAUACGACUUCCUCGACAAAUUCAUCGUCUCCCGCGUUUCCCAGAUCUGCAUGAGUGAUGUGGGGGGCCAGCGGACCCUUCAGAGGCGCUGGACCACCUUCGCCAAAGCGCAGCUGCGCUGCCAAACCGGCAGCCAGCUGCCCUACAACGUGCUGCAGGACAUGGACCUGUUGCCCCCGGCAACCGGGGCUCCGCCCGACGACACGCUGUUCUACGGCAUCUUCACCUCCCAGUGGUCUGUGAACUCCGGCCGGUCGGCGGUCUGUUCCUUUCGUCUGAAGGCCGGCCUGCUGCAUAAAGCCGUGCUGCUGCAGAGUGGACCGCACAUCAUCGAGGAAAUCACAGUGUUUGAGCAGGUUCAGCCGGUGAAGAGCCUGAAGCUCUCCAUCCCCAAGGCCGUGAUCUACGUGGGCGGGUCUGACGGCGUGCUGAGGCUGCCCACCGCCAACUGCUCCUUCUACUGGAGCUGCGCGCAGUGCGUUCUGGCCCGGGACCCCCAGUGUGGCUGGGACCCCCAGAGCCGGGGCUGCGUGGGCGUCUCCGUGGCAACGGCCCCCCUGUGA